AUGGUGGAAUACUUGUUUGGCAAUUUGGAGCAGCGGCAGCGGGGAACUAUGUCAUUUGGUUGCUUCAUCUGCUCCCUUGAUCCGGGCUUGAAUCAGUUUGAGGCCAGCAGGGCAGCUCAGUUUAAUGCUCAUUGCUCAGUAUGUGGGAAAUGUGGUCAGAUUUUCCGGUGUAAGGGUGCCAGCUGGUCAGGUUGUUGGAGUUCUAGUUUACCCAGGGAUUAA